CAACCUACAAAUUCAAUUCAACCCCAAAACCAACCUCUUUUUUUUUGUCAUUACUAUUCACCAUGAAAAGUUCCAAACUAUCCUUAUGUUUUUAAAUUAUUUACAAAAUUGCCAUUAUUAUUUAAUUAUUUAAUAAUUUCGAAAAUCAUAAAAAACCUAUUACACCCUAAACAUUUCUUCUUAUUUACAAUAAUGCCAUUAUCAUCAAUUUUUCAACCACCAUUAACAACCAUUUUUGAGCUCAUUAAACCUCAAGAAUUCAAUAUACAACCACUUUGUUGUGAUUCUAAGCAAAAAAACUCUCAUUUCCUCUCAUUUCCUCUCAUUUCCUCUCCAUUUCAAUCUAAAAAUCUCCCAUAACUUUCAUUUUCAUAACUAUAAUUUCAUAUUUUCGAGUUUACACUGUUGUGAGUAGGCAAAGUUGGAUCCUUUUACUCAUAUUUGGAGCUUGGACGGUGGAAAAGGGUGGAAACAAGCUUUACAUCGGAAAAAGGUAAUGGUUAAUUUGCCUGUUGUGUAUGGAGAAUGGGUGGUGAAAGGCUCUUUGUGGGAGUUUGUGGUUGAUAAAUGGAAAAAAGGGAGAAUGUUCUUUGUGCAUGAUGGUUGUACAUAUGGUGAACUUCUUGAAAUGGCACAAGAAGAUUAUGAUCUGAACAAGAAAACCGAGAAGGUGGAGCUGACAUAUUCCUUACCAGACGUACUUUUAGAGCAAAUGGGUCCAGAUACUCCUCCUAUGCAUGUCACGAGUGAUAGACAAGUACGGAACUUGAUCGAGUUAUGUAAGACCCACAUUGUACGCCUUUGUGUAUCAAGCCAGUGUCAAGUAGAAGCUGGAGGUGACGACGAUGCUCAAGAAACUGCUGAUGUUGCUGUUGAUGCUGAUGUGUCUGAUAGUGGUGAUGAAGGGUUUGAUAAAGAUUGGAAUGAGGCUGAUGAUGCUCAAGAAACUGAUGAUGAUGCUCAAGAAACUGCUGAUGUUUCUGUUGAUGCUGAUGAUGCGGUUGAUGCUGUUGAUGCUGUAAACUACAGUGAUUAUGGGAAAUUGAAAGAUGAGGAUUCUGAUGAUCAAGGGUUUUAUGAUGGACAACAAGCGGAGUAUGCUGGUACUGGAGGAAGAUUGAUGUCUUUUAAUGAAGAUAUAUAUGUCGGUCAGAGUUUUGCUAGUAAGGCUGAGCUCGUUGCAAAGCUGAAGUUGGUUGCUGUGAAAGGUAAAUUUACGUUCACAGCUUACAAGACAACGAAAACUUUGUACGUGGCUAAGUGUCGUGUUGAAGGAUGUGGUUGGAAGCUCAGAGCGAGUGUGAAGCAUGGACCAAAGACAUUUUGGGUGACAAAAUAUUUGAAAACUCAUACAUGUUCAGUGGGGGAUCGGAUGGCUCAACGGAAACAGUAUACUCCGAAAUAUGUUGCUAGACUGUUUAUUGAGUCUAUUGGGAUUAUAGAUGGGAUUACACCGAAGCAUAUCGAAGAUUCGAUGCGGAACAUGUUUGGUCUGAACCUGGGUUACACCACUUCUUACCGAGCUUUGCUAUGUGCCCAAGAGAUGGUGAGAGGAACAGCAGAAGAUGGAUAUGAGAAUCUGCCUUCUUAUUUGCGUCAGAUCGAGCAAUCGAAUCCGGGAACUGUCACAUGUCUUGAGAAAGAUGAUAAGAACCGAUUUAAAUAUCUAUUCCUAUCUUUUGGAGCUUCGAUAGCUGGUUGCAACUAUCUUAGGAGGGUUCUUGUGGUAGAUGGCACUCAUCUAAGUGGAAAGUAUGAAGGAGUUAUGCUAGUUGCUGCUGCCCAAGACGGUAACUUUCAGAUUUUUCCAUUGGCUUUUGCGAUUGUGGAUGCGGAAAAUGAUGAUUCGUGGGAAUGGUUUUUUACCCAAUUGCGGAGAUGUGUUUCAGAUCAGUAUGCUUUGGUGAUAGUUUCUGACAGACACAAAUCCAUUAAGAAGGCGUGUGAGAAGGUUUUCCCUUGGGCAAAGAGAGGAAUUUGUUAUUAUCAUCUACAACAGAACAUAGUCCAAAAGUUCAAGGGAAAGCACAUGUUGUACUUGGUCAAAGGCGCUGCUUAUGCACAUACGCUCUUCGAUUUUAAUCGCUACAUGGAUGAGAUACGGAGUAUAAACCCAGACCUUGCAACUUAUUUGGAGGAUGCUGACGUCUCUUUAUGGUCACGAGUGCACUUUCAAGGUGACAGAUACAACAUAAAGACUAGCAACAUCGCAGAAUCUAUUAACUCUGCACUUAAGCCAGCCAGAGGAUUCCCCAUCUCAUUCCUUCUUGAAUUUAUACGGGAGAAGCUUGGAAGGUGGUUUUUUAAAAGGAGAGAAGAUGCUUUAAGUCUCACAUCACAACAUAGUCGUGGGGUUGAAAAAAUAUUGGCUAUUCGGGAAGAGUAUGCAGAUAUGAUGAAAGUGGAACGGAUUGAUGGUUGGCGAUUUGUUGUGAGAGGAGGACACCGAGAUUGUAUUGUUGACUUGGAACUUCGAAGGUGCCAAUGUGGUGUGUUCGAUAUUGAGAAGAUACCUUGUUCACAUGCCAUUGCAGCUGCAAAAGAUGUAAACAUUCAUGUCUCUACUCUUGUAUGCCAAUCCUAUUCAAAGGAGUAUCUUUAUGCAGCAUACGCAGCAAAUAUUUAUCCCAAAAGUGAGGAUUUGGAAGCUCUCAAGAGUGAGGAUUUGGAAGCUCCCGAAAGUGAGGACUUGGAAGCGCCCAAAAGUGAGGAUCUGGAAGCUUCUGAAAGUGAGGACACAUCACCUACUGAUGAAGAUUUGGAAGCUCUCAGUAAGGACAAAGAAGGUAAGGACAAAGAAGCUUCGAACAAGCAUAAAUGCCUUCCUCCUGCUGUCAAGCGUGGUCCGGGUAGGCAAAAGAAAUCGAGGUGGCAAACUUGGCUUGAAAUUUCUAGGAUGAGGGGAAACAAACCACGUAAGCAGCACAAGGACUAUAGUUGCUCCCAGUGCAAGAAACCGGGCCACACCCGUCCUAAUUGUCCAGGAUGAAAGGUCUUAUGUAUUGAACUUAUGUUGGAUUUGGCUUAUGUAUUGAACUUAUGUUGAACUUAUGACUAGUAUUGUU